AUGAAUGUCAUGAGUUCGGAAACUUAUGAACUACUCCCUUGCUCACGUUACAGUACUCUUACAAAAGCCGAGCGAGUUAUGGCAUGGACUUUGAAAUUUCUUCGGCGUCUCGCACAAGGGCUGCCAAAAGCCAGGAUGGAGGACAUCAUAAGGGUGUUCCCGGAACUCGACCACACGGAUGGUCUUGGGGACAAUAUCCUUAGCGGUGUUGACAUUAAACAGGCAAGAAAGGCACUUGUGCGACUACACCAAAGAAGUUUCUCACCCUCCUACCUCAAGACUAUGGACAAUACACUCAAAUUGUUCAGAGAUAGCGAUUGUAUUUGGCGUGCGAGAGGAAGACUAGGUCAUUCAGACCUUAAUGAAGAAUCCAGGUUUCCCAUCCUUAUUGCUCCCAAAUCUGAGCUGUCGCGUCUGAUAAUUCAAAAUGGACACGCGACCGAACGGAUAUGGAAAGCGUGGCACACUCAGUACUUGCUUAGUCUUCGCGAGCAACAUCGAAAAUGGGUAAAUUCUGGCCGCAACUCAAAAUCAGCUCCACAUGUUGGAGCUAUAGUGCUUUUGGUUGACCCAGUAUUGUCACGCAAUGAAUGGAGAUUAGCGCGUGUAACAGCAGUUCACAAAGGGGAAGACGACGCGAUUCGCGAAGUGUGCCUGUUAACAGCCACAGGUCGAACGAUCAAAAGACCAGUGAAUUUACUUGUUCCUUUAGAACUUGAUUGCGACCUCACUGACCAACAAAGCGGUAAUUCCACGCGACCACGUUACCAAGUGCUUCCGAGAGAUCACGUACAAACCCGCUACAAUUUGAGAAGUCGACUU